AUGGUGAUAGAUAAGUGUUAUGAUGCAGAACAACAACUUGAAGAGAGGCAGAGGCACCCAAGUAACAGUGCACACACACAUACGCUCCAACCGGUUGAUAUUGUCGGGGUGCCCAAAGAUACAAAAGAUAGAGAUUUGCUAACAUAUAACCUAGAAAGUGAGCUUUUUGACACCAGGCAGGCAUUCCUCAGUCUUUGUCGAGGAAACCAAUAUCAAUUUGACACCCUUCGUCGUGCAAAGCAUUCAUCAAUGAUGGUUUUGUACCACCUACAUAAUCCAUCUGCACCAGCAUUUGUCUCUACAUGCAGUUUCUGCUAUCAUGACAUUGAAACUGGUCAUGGUUGGCAGUGCCAAGUUUGCUCAGAUUUCGACGUAUGCAAUGCUUGUUACCAAAAUGGAACAGUUAAUCAUCCUCAUAAGUUAACAAACCAUCCAUCAGCUGCAAAUCGUGAUGCCCAAAGCAUGGAAGCUCGGCAAUUACGUCUACAACAAAAGGAAAUGCUUGAUCUUCUGUUACAUGCCUCGACAUGCCACUCUGCUAGUUGUCAGUAUCCUGACUGCCGGAAAUUCAAGAGACUAUUUCAUCAUGGUAUGCAGUGCCAAACACGAGCUGCAGGAUGGUGUGCCUUUUGCAAAGGAAUGUGGCACAUGCUUCAACUCCAUGCCCGAGCUUGCAAAGAUUCAGAUUUUAACGUGCCGAGGUGCAGGGAUCUCAAAGAGCAUCUUAGAGGGUUGCAACAGCAGUCUGAUUCCAGGAGGAGGGCUGCCGUAAUUGAAAUGAUGAGGCAAAGAGGAAUCGAAGUCCCUGCAAAUGACUUAGAAGCUGUUUGGGUAAACACCAUCAAGAGGAUAGUCAAUGAUGAUGACUACUAA